AUGACUCUUGUCAAGGUUGAGCAUAGAUAUGAGUUGGGAAUACUCUGUUUGUCAAGAAUGCUGCUGCAUCAACAGAAGGCAAUCGCGUCUCUACUAUUAACUGUUGUCGUUCUUCUUGGGCUACCUGUGCAUAAACACGAGAUAAAGAAGGCAAGGGAUCUGUAUUCAAGAUUUGAGAACGGGAUGGGGGGCGUGACAACGAUGUGGAUGAUUGAAUCGGAAGGAUUGAUUGUGACCACUGGAGGUGUUGAUAGAUUGAAUCGGUUUAAGAUCACCAAGUAUGAAGGUGAUAAUAGUUUUUAUCAGCUUUCUUUUUGUCCAAUGUCCGAACCCUUCUGUGAAUGCUCAUGCGUCCCAGUCGGCGUCAACAGUGACAAGCACUUGGCUCCCAAUGUCGGCCCUCUUCUUGUGAUGUUCGAACCAGAUGCGUAUUGA